CCUGGCAUUACGCGCAUGCGCAUUGAGACGUACUGUUUUGUCAUGGCUGACAGUGGCUGGCCAGGCUGUGCGAAGAGUUUGAAAGGUGUCAUAUUGGACAUGUGUGGCGUUUUAUACGACAGCGGGGAGGGCGACGGGGUUGCCAUUCCUGGCUCUAUUGAAGCUGUGAAAAAGCUAAAGGCGUCCGACCUGCUGCUCCGCUUCUGCACCAAUGAGACCCAGGCCACCAGAGAGACGUUUGUAGCCAAGCUCCAAAGACUGGGUUUUGACAUAUCUGUGUCUGAGGUGUUCUCUCCGGCUCCUGCAGCCGUAGCUGUCCUUAAAGAGAGGGGUCUACGGCCCCACCUGCUGGUGUAUGAUGGACUUAUCCCGGAGUUUGACAGCGUCAACAAGGCCAACCCAAACUGCGUGGUGAUUGGAGACGCAGCUGAAAAAUUUUCCUACCAGAACCUGAAUGAGGCAUUCAGGGUCCUUAUAGGCUUGGAGAAACCAGUGCUGUUCUCUCUGGGCCAAGGGAGGUACUACAAGGAGACAGAUGGCUUGAAACUGGAUGUCGGGGUUUACAUGAAGGCUCUGGAGUAUGCCUGUGAUUUAAAGGCUGAAGUUAUUGGAAAACCAUCCCCAACAUUCUUCCAGAGUGUUCUCAAUGACAUGGGGCUUCAACCACAUGAGGCACUGAUGAUUGGGGAUGAUCUGGUGAAUGAUGUAGGUGGGGCACAACACUGUGGAAUGAAAGGCGUGCAAGUCAGGACUGGCAAAUACAGGCCCUGUGACGAGAGGCACCCAACGGUGACGGCUGAUGGCACUGUGGACAACCUGGCCCAGGCUGUGGACAUGAUCCUCAAUCAGAGGCACUGAGUACAAGGCAGCGAACACUGGAAACUCUCCACUUACUGUGACCCUGGGUGAUGCCGGCUGGUAGCCAGUAGUAUUUUCAUACAGCCAAGUGUUGUUUCCGGUGAGAAGGGUGUACUGUAUUAAAGUAAUUCAAGUAACUUUCUCAAAGCAGUGCACAACUAAAAUACCAUCCAAACCCUGUAUGUCCUGUAACUGACAAAUAUGGGAAACACCCACCCUUCUGGUACUCCACACAGUGUAAAACAAACUAGAGUGAAAUUACUUCCUAGUACCUUUGUCUACCAGAGAUAGUCUUGAACAGUUUAGAGCUGCACUGUGCAUUUGUCAGUACAUGAUUGGCAUAGAUAAGAUACCUCAAGAUGACAUGAAUGUGCCUGUAACCAGCUGCUGACUGACAGUUAGAAGGGAAACGUAAUGCUGUGUGUUCAGACUCGCUGCUAGAAUUACAGUCAAACCCUUUGCAAAGACACUGUACAUGAAGGCAGUUUGUAGUCAAACUGGACACACACCAUUGAAAUGUAGCUGUAGUGUAUUUUAACGUACAUUAAUCAAAGUAAGUAGCUUAUUGUAUCUAGGUAAUACUGUUGUCACUCACUCCUUUCACACAAAACAUGAACAACCUUAAUAAAGUAGUGGGGAGUAGUCGGAAGUGCAAGUGUUGUUUAAAUAAAGCUAUUUUACUAGUCUAUGAGCUGUUUAAAGCAUUUUUCUGUGCCAUUGUCGCACACAUUUUGUAAAAAGUAGCUCAAGGUCUCAAAGCACUGGGGAAAAUAUAGCCUUGGCUCUGGUUUAAACUGGAAUUCAUAUCGGAGCGGCUUUUGUUUUACAAAAACAAAUCGCUGGAAAUGGGAAGUGAGCUGGUCUCAGUGAUGAUAAAUGCAGAACCCAGCCGAGUGUGAUGAAUUACACUGGUGCUCAAGCUCAUGUUUCCUCCUCUGUAAACAAAAAUGAAACGAGCACUCCAUCAUUGGGUGGAAGAAUCACAAACCUACAACCGCUUAUCUUUAUUUACUUGACAGUAAGCUGCCUCUGCUGGGGAUUGCCCUGUCAUUGUUACAUUGUUAAUUGUCAGUCAUUAGACGUUGUGCAUUCACUUCAUUAUCUACAGUGAGGUUAAAUAAAAUGAUGACGGGGGGGGGGGGAAUUGGUUAUUGGGCUUUAGUGUGCCAGCUGGAUCAUUGAGGCCUCUGGAAGUGGGGCGUAAAACAAACGAUUCUCCAUCGCUGCCCCCAAGGUUUCAGUGUACCAAAUAGAUUCAACAAGCACAAAAGCCCUCUGCCAAGUGAUUCAUUGAGGUCUUUCUGGUUCACUUCACCAUUAGCUGACACAAGCUUGAAUGUUAUUGGGCAAUUAAAGGUAAUGAAAUGCUACGAAGUAUUAUGAAACUGUGUCUGAGCUAGUUGUACCACUCCUAUUUCUGAUUGGGAAAUAAAUAUUAAUGUACACUGCAAACUACUAGCAGCUGGUACCCAGUUUUCCAACAGCUUACACAUUGUUUGACUGAGUGUUUUGUCCAUUAUGUUACUGCCUGCUGGCCUUGUAUGGAGCUAUUAAACAUUGUAUUUGACUA